UCACGGACAUUGAAACAGCUGUAUUGGAGUAGAUUUACAAAAUAUUUUUAUCAUUUAGAUAAAAAAAUAUAUUUGUUUUCCUUUUAUUUUGUACUGUGACUAGAGCAUUUAGCAUUUAUUUAUUGCGUUGUGCGGUUUAGCAUUUGGUUUUGGAGUUUUAGUGUGUUUUGAUUUGUGAAGACGCAAUAGGUGUUAAUAUGUCGAGCGAGAAGCCUAGUGGGAAUCAUGGAACGAGUGAGGGCAGUUCUCAGGCAUUGCAGCCUGCUGAUGAUGAGAACUUGAAGUCUUGUUGGGUGUGUUUUGCCACGGAGGCGGACGACCGUCUGGCGGCGUGGGUACAGCCCUGCAAAUGCAUUGGCACUACUAAAUGGGUGCAUCAAAGCUGCCUCCAACGAUGGGUUGACGAGAAGCAACGCGGCAACAUCACCCGCAAAGUCCUCUGCCCGCAAUGCAAGGCGGAAUACAUAGUGGUAUUCCCCUCUAUGGGGGCCUUCGUGGCUCUCCUGGAUGCUAUGGAGGAGAUCACCCACAAGAUCUGCCCGUUCAUAGCUGGAGGAGUGCUCUUGGGGUCCAUAUACUGGAUCGCAAUCACGUACGGAGCUGUCACAGUCAUGCAGGUGGUCGGCCACAGAGAAGGGCUAGAGAUGAUGGAGUCAGCCGACCCACUAGUGCUGCUAGUCCUCCUGCCCACGAUCCCGGUGACACUCAUCAGCGCCAAGAUGUACAACUGGGAGGACUCCGUACUGCUGUUCCUUAGGAAGUACUGCGCGAAGGUGCCCGCGCUGUCCUACAUACUGCCGUUUGGGAAGUGCGCCAAGAUGUACAACUGGGAGGACUCCGUACUGCUGUUCCUUAGGAAGUACUGCGCGAAGGUGCCCGCGCUGUCCUACAUACUGCCGUUUGGGAACGCCAAGAUGUACAACUGGGAGGACUCCGUACUGCUGUUCCUUAGGAAGUACUGCGCGAAAGUGCCCGCGCUGUCCUACAUACUGCCGUUUGGGAACGCCAAGAUGUACAACUGGGAGGACUCCGUACUGCUGUUCCUUAGGAAGUACUGCGCGAAAGUGCCCGCGCUGUCCUACAUACUGCCGUUUGGGAACCUCUGGGCCUCUUUAGUCCUGAAGAUGAUUCCGGUGACCCUGAUAUACUGCAGUUUGGAAAGUUCUCUUUCGAUCCCGGUGACACUCAUCAGCGCCAAGAUGUACAACUGGGAGGACUCCGUACUGCUGUUCCUUAGGAAGUACUGCGCGAAGGUGCCCGCGCUGUCCUACAUACUGCCGUUUGGGAACGUGGAAGGAGACAGGGGAGCAGUGGUGCCGGGACAACCGAACAACCAGAACCCGAACGCGAGUUCCCACCUCUCCCCCACGAGGAUAUUCUGUUCCGCGCUCCUCCUGCCUACCAUAUCCACCAUCAUCGGAAAAAUAUUCUUCCGGUCCAUACAAAAUAACUUGCAUAGGACAAUACUAGGUGGACUCACGUACAUCACCAUAAAGGGAGCCCUAAAAAUCUACCACAAACAGAUGCUCUACAUCAGGCAUUCCAGCAGAAAGAUCUUAGACUACACGGAAUCGAACCUGAAACUUUACAGGAGUAACACCACCACAGACGCCGUUUCCAGCACUAGGGAUGAUUCAGAACAGGUCGUUUAAGUUUUAUGUAUGUCUUUUUUGUAUGGAAUAAAUGAUUGGACGUUCGUAUGGGCGUGUAGCUUAAGGGAUGCGCAGUCGACAGUUUUUUGUCCAUUGAAUUUGUGAUCAAGUUUGACUGGUGCCUGAUAAAGGUUCAGAUAGUUAUCUGACACUUGUACAACGUCGAACAGUUCGUGACACCCAGUGACCAAAGUAUAAUAAUUUGACAACCAAUUGCAAUAAAGACAUGUUGCGAACUUAUUCGCUACUUUGUCACUAACUAUUUGACGCUGACUGUAUGUAACGCGAGCUAACAAAUAAAGGUUUCUGCUUACCGAAGACUUGUGACGCCAAAACUUGUAGUUUCUGACCAUAUAAGUUCAGUUAUGGAAAUUGUCGGCAAAUAGUAAAACAUAAUUUUAUGACCUAUCAGAUUGCCUUAACUAAAAAUUUAGGCAUCACCUUGGCCUUAUUUUUAAACACAUUUAAAAAUAGCAGCUUAAUUCCAGUAAGCGCCAUCCAUCCACCCCCUUUCAUUUUUCAUUUUGUGUUAAGUUUUUUACCUACGUAUUGAUUCAUUAGAUAUAUCUCACAGACCAACAGAAGAUUUGAGAAUUUUGUUACCCAUUGGCACUAUCUAUAGUCCGGUCGCCGAGCACGUAGAAUUUCGUCCAAUGACCCCAAGCUACCCGUCCUUAUCGCACGCACGUAGUGAGUGUGCGAGCGCGACAACAAUAUAAUUAUGUGCGAGCGAUAAGAAUGGGUAGCGACCGGACUUUAGGAACAGAACCCUACAAAUAUCGACUGACAAAAUUACGUCGUCUGCGCCGGUCCUUAGCGAAAAAAUCGCUGACACUUGACAGUACAUUGACAUAAAUUUGACGUUGGAAUUUGUGAUUGUUUUGAUUUUUGUAUGGAAAUUUAUUCAAAUGUAAAUAUGAACGUUGUAAGUACAUCUUAAUAACUAGUACUUGAACUUGUCUUAGUCGGAAUUGUAAAUAGAGGCCAAUGUUCUUCACUCAAUUAAAAAUAAUGAUAAUGAGCUUAAUGUAAUUUGUUUUUAAUGUCUAUUUUAUUUAAAUUCGUUUUCCAGCAUGUUUUUGAUUAAAUAUGUACUCUUAGCAACACCACACCAUCAAAAAUGAUUAUUUAGAAGCAAAAGAAUAAUUAAUAUGCUGUAGUACAUUAUAAAAUCAAUACCAAAAACUAAAGUUUGCUUACUUAACAACACAAUUUAAAUGUAAUGUAUUUUUAUCAUAAUAAGUACAUAAUUUAAAUUGUUAAACGCUCAUUUCUAAAAAUAAAACGUAUGUUUCAUGCACUUUUGAGUCUUCAACUAUACAGCGCCACAAUUACUCGGUGGAAAAAUCUGGAACUAUGUCUUUAUUAACAAACUGUAUUUUUGUCAAAAAUUAACGAUGUAUUAAGUUAAGAAUGUCUGUCAAACUGUCACUGUAUAAAUUGUUGUAAAGAAUCUACGGAGUGCCUUUCAUCGUGAGGAGAAUAGAUAUUAUAGCGUAGGGUAGUUGUAGAAUGUGGGCAGUUUACAUCGGGACGUUUACCAACUGACAUCGUACCAUUUUGAGGAAUUUAAUAUAAAUAAAUAAAUUAAUUUCAAGAUGCGCUAGUUUAGUAGCAUGCACAUUAAAUCUAUAAAGAAAUAAAUUGAAUGGAGAUACAGAGAAAAAAAAUGACAUGUGUCAUGGUAUUUGAUAAAUUGAUCUGCAAAUGUAUUGAAAAUAGGACUCUUAUCCCUUUCUCUCGUUCUGAAUAAUCAGGAUAAGUGAGAGAGACGGAUAGAGUUACAUCUAACCACAAAAUGACAUCAGCUCAGUUGAUUUUGAAACUUAUACUAAAGUCAUACAGUUCAAAAUCCAUUGGAUAACAAACAAUUGACAUUUCCUGACGAUUGUAAAAGUACGUGUUCAUGUAAACUGGCCCUCGAGAUGCUUUGUUCUAAAAAUGUCAUUCAUUAGAUUAAAAUUUAGAGUGUUAAAAUAGCUUUAUCCAAAACUAUUUGUAAGCCGUGCACAAAAAUGGGGACAACUAAAAUGCAAGUAACUAUCCCUUGUAACAGUCUGCGUCAAAAUAUAGUUCGUGACACCCAAAGUAGCCAAAAAGUUCGCAACACGUCUUUGUUACAAUGAGGGCUAUCGUUUUUAUACUUAACAGUUGGCACCCCUGGCGAUUGACAGAACCUUACUCUACAGUGGCGCCAUCUUGAUGAGCGCAAAUGCGAUAGUCCUCCUACCACUUUCGCGCUCACCAGCCGGCGCCACUGUCUUCGCUACUAGCAAGUGACAGGACCUUACUCUACAGUGGCGCCAACUGGUGAGCGCUAAAACGAUAGCCCUCAUUGGAAUAAGGUUGUGUUGUCAACUUUUUGGCCACUUUGAGUGUCACUAUUUGACGUUGACUGUAUGACAUUUGAACUGCCUGACAACUGCAAAAUUGCAAUUGGCUAAUCCAAAGUAGACUCUAAGAAGCCUUACCUAGAGUUGUUUUUCAGUUUUCUCAUAUUUGUGCGCGGAUUGUCCCUUGAAUUUAUAAUGCUUUUUGUACUAAAUUAUAGAUAUUUUAAGAUUGUGAUGAUUACGUAAAUAAGUAUCCUACUUAUAAUACUUUCUCGUUUCGUCCUACUAAAAAAACGAGUAAUGUUGUUAACUUUAAAUUUCCUAAUUCUCGAUUCAUUGUAAAUAUUUAACGCAAAUGUACUUUUGCUUUUGCAGCCUUUCUUCUUUGAAUCGUUUCAAUAUUUCUAAUAUUACAAAUUCGCUAGGUGCUAAAGAUAUAAAAGUUCAAAAGUAGACAUAGUUUAUAGUUGUUUGAUACAUGGUACUGUCAAUUGUAUCAUAAAGUAUACAUACGCCUUUUUGGUAGCUAUCCGUUAUACUAUCCAACGUAAAAUGCACAAUAUCCCUGCUGUAAUACUAAAAUACACUAUGUCAAAUAUAAUAUAGCAAUAAAAUUAUAUAAUAAUAGCAGAAUUAGCAGAAGAAUAGAAAAGGGACUUGAGCAAUCAAUUGACAUCUGUCAUUUGGCAAGCGUGACCUGAAUGAUGAUGAUUUUUUUGUAAAUAUAACAACAAUGAUUAAAAAUGCAAGGGUUAAAAGCAAUAAGUUAUAUACCGUUGUUUUGUUACAAUCAGAGUCAAAAAAGUAGCCAAAAAGAUCGCAACACGUCUUUGUUACAAUGAGGGCUAUCGUUUUAGCGCUCACCAGUUGGCGCCACUGUAGAGUAAGGUCCUGUCAAUCGCCAGGGGUGCCAACUGUUAAGUAUAAAAACGAUAGCCCUCAUUAGAAUAAGGUUGUGUUGUCAACUUUUUGGCCACUUUGGGUGUUACGAACUAUUUGACGCUGACUUUAAUAUGUAACUUUGUGGUUUAUUUUUAGCAGUUACUUAUCUAGUGGACAUAAGACUGAUCAUCAAGUCUAUGACAUAUCUUGCCAUCACUAUACAGCCGUGAUUUUGAAAGAAUAGAUAAUGAUUUCUAAUUGAAAAGAUAUAACGUUCAAAAUUGCAAGUUCUUGAAUUAAAAAGAUAAAGACAUAGUUAGAAAAUACUUAGAAGAUGUAGCUAUAGUUAAUUUAGCUGAUUCGUUGUAAAUUUAAAUACGAAGGAAUUGAUUAAAAUGCCCAUUAAAUAUACUUGCAAUACACUGUUUUUGAAAAUACGGCUUUACCGGUGUGUUCAGUUUAAUUUUAGUUUAGCUUUAGUGUAAAGGUGAGUAUAGACUAGAGCAUUUACUUGUAACAGAAACGCUUUUUAUGACGAAACGUCGUACAUUUUACCUGUAUUGUACCAUUCGUAAGAACUUGACAUUACAUAGAAACGCUCUAGUCGAUACUGACCUUAAUGAUAAUAUUCGCGCUGUCAUCUUUUAAUGGUUGGCGCAAACUAAAUUCUGUAUUUUGAUGUUAACGUGAAAUUGUAUAGUUUGUAAUUAUUUUGGUUCUUUAUGUACUUGUGACUACGAACUUGUGUUCUUUCUGUUUUUUUUUUCUCUUUUUCAUUUUAUUGUACGCCGAUCGUUUUCGCAUACAAAUAACAAUUGACAAUAUCUGAAGGAAACUUAGUAUAGAUGGCGUUAACGGUGUUCUUAGGAAUACUCAAUUAGGAAGUUUUUGGGUGUAUUAUUUCUUCUUUUUUAUUCGUAUGUUAAUAUUAUUUUUCUUGUAUGUCUUCUGAACAUGUAUGUAUCGACGAUUAAGUAUCAAUACCCCCUGUAACAUAUAUGAUACAUUUAAAUUUUAAGAAACCCAACCCAGUACAUACUAUAAUAAUUAUGUUACUGGAGGUGUUGAUACUAACUUUUGUAUUAUGAAAGACGCUUAAUUAAAACUGAGUUAAUUUCAAUAUCUAAAUAGACAUAAACUUUAGUGAGAACCUAAAAUUGAACAUGAAAAAGUAUACCCCUGGCCACACAUCGCGAUAACGUUCGGGCGACAUCGAUUUGACUGAGUAGCUAAAUCUCGCGAAUAUACAAAAAAAGCAUCGAAGUAUAUGCGAAUGUGUGAAUCUUCGGGUUAUGGUCCAGGGGCUAUUAUUUUAUACUGAUCACAGGUUUAAGUCUAAUCUUGAGUUCAUACUUGAGCGUGGUUUCAUAAUCGUCGGUCGGUAGUCGGUAGUCACGAGGCAGUGCUAGUCGUUUGUAUCUAGCUCUACGGAAGCGACUUUGUAGAUAUCGCGAACUUUUAACUUUGUCUAUUAUUGUACAUUUUAAAACGAAUAUAAAUAUUUUUUAUUAAU